UUACCUUUUUAAGUUGUCCUUUCUCAACUCUCACGACAUUCGAGCCGUAGGAUUAAUGUUUACUUAGAAGAAAAAUCAGCACUGCACUCUUGGCUCUGUGGCUUUAAGUCUCGAAUUUUUUUACAUGUACUUUGAGAAAAAUAAAUUUCUAAGUCUGACAACCUCAACUAUCUUGCUCAGGAAGUCGGAAAUAUAUGUGACGUCAUACUCAAUGUUAUUCCUUUAGCUGUCUUGUGAUUUUUGAUUUUUAGUUCCUGCAAAUCAAUAUAAAUGCGUAUAUGCUUGUGUAAAAUGUUGUGUACGGUUCUAGUGUAUUCUCUGAACAUUUUGAGUAGCAUGGUUCUCGCUAGUGAUGUGGACCACGUAAUGGAUGAUUGUCAAUACGGACUGAACUGAUUGCUCGACAGUGGCUAUGCUUCAAAUUGAACCAGGCAGAUUUGGAUAAAACUAAAAAAAAAACAUUACAAAAAGUAGUAACGUUUCAGCUCGUCGAGGAAAACUCUUAAGCCGUCUAAGAUUUGCGUCAGACUCAUCCGUCCGUGAAGUAUUGGAUUCCCCGUGCACACGUUCACACCUGAGAGUAAAUAUAUUCAUUUAGUGAAGCGUUGAGGUUCAGAAAGAGCGUUGAAAGGUGAGCACUGAGCGCUGUUUUUGGAGAAACGAAAUCGGCAAUGUUGUGUACAUCUGAGGCUCAGAAAGAUUGGCAAACUCCCAGAUCAACUAUCAGGGAGAGAUGUGCGUUAGUCUUCAACAACGACUUCUUGAGCGAUGUGAAUUUCAAAGCAAGAUCGUCGAUUUGUGGCGAGGGUAAGGUGAUACCGGCUCACAAGUUCGUUCUUUCCAUCAGCAGCCCUGUAUUUCUUGCCAUGUUUCACGGGAACAUGGCUGAGUCUGUUUCAAACCUGAUAGAACUACCGGACUGUGAUUACGAGAGUUUAUUGGAGUUCCUUCGUUAUCUUUAUAGCGAUGAGGCGCAUCUAACUGGAACUAACGUUCUUCAAGUAUUGUAUCUAGCAAACAAGUACAUAGUGCCCUCUCUCGUUGAAAAAUGCACCGAAUAUUUGCAGAACAACUUGGACGCAAACAACGUGUUCUGUAUUCUUCCACACGCUCAAACGUUCGACGAAAAUGGACUACUAGAACAUUGCUGGGAAGUGAUUGAUAAGAACGCGGACAUUGUCGUGAAGUCAGAGGAAUUCGUUAAUCUUGACAAGUGUCUAAUGGAGACCAUUGUCAACAGAGAAUCAUUAAACAUUACAGAAUUCGAAUUAUUCAAAGCCGUUGACCGCUGGGCGUCUAAAGAAAGCGAAAGGCAAGGUCUUCGUGCAAGUCUUUGUGAUGUUGAAUCAAAGAGACGGAUACUCGGAGAUGGAAUAGUGCAGGCGAUACGGUUUCCACUGAUGUCACAAAAAGAGUUCAUGUCAGUCGUACCCGAUAGUAACAUUCUUACAACGAGUGAAGUCAUAAACCUGAUGAAAUACUUCAGUGGGUUACCAACUCCUCCCAUGUCGUUUCUACAAACCCCAAGGAAAGGGACCAUCAAGAACCUGCCACAAAUGCGACGGCGAUUGGGGACUUACAUCCCUCCGGCAGCUUGGUGGGGUCAUACAGUUCGUAAUUGUCAAUCAAUAUGCAGUUCACCUCUUAAUUAAUGGCAAUAUGUAGCAAAACUUUAAGUCACUUUUAAUGUCGUUAAGAAUCGACUCCAAUUAUAGGCUCUGCUAAGCUUCCGAGCAAAUAGCCAGGGGCGCGUGCAAAAUGGCUAACAAGCGAGCACAGCGGUAGCGGUUGUCACGGAAACAGCUGCCAUUUUUCGCACACUCGUUUUAGAGCCAGAACAGGUUAUAAGAUUUUAUUGCAAUAAUCACUGGAUGAAGACGAAAUAAAACGGAGGAAAAAGGGGAAGUGGCUCAAAACGAACAAUGCUCUUAAUGAUGGCCGGCGAAGAUGAAGAUCAUAGUAUGCGUUAUUGACCAAGCGUGAGGUCAAGAUCAUCGGCUGAAUAUUGGCCGAGUUCUUUCUUUUCCGUUUUUAU